UGGUCGCGCUCGCUGUCUGAUUGACGGUGAUCAAGACGGUCAUUGACCAUUGCCACCGUAACGUCUGCUCGUCAAUCCAAGCUCUCCAUCGAUCAUUCGAGACGACGCGACGCGCAUCAUCUGGAUUUUUAUCAGUCGCGACGCAAAUAGAGCGCGAUGGCAGAGGAGCGACCCAAUGCCGCCCCAACGGCUGCAGAAGAGGAUGGCCCGCUCGUUCUCAACCUCCAGAUCUUGUCGCCCUCGGCUGGCGUGCCGAGCAUGAGGUUCGCUGACCUCCCUGCUGGUACGACAGUGCGGCAGCUUAAAGAGAAGAUCCGGGAGUCGUUACCGAGUCGCCCUGCGGAUAACCAGCAGAGGCUGAUCUACCGAGGUCGGCCGUUAAUCCGGGACUCGGAUACGCUACAAGACACCAUCGGCGAACAAACGAUCCGAACUAGUGAACAACAAACGAUUCACCUGGUGCUGCCAGAGACUGGUGAUGUUGCACCGUCCAGCGACCCUGUGCCUCGGCCGGAAAGCCAUAGCCACCAUCACAACGGGCGACACACCGUCCGCCAUAUGUCGACCACUACCCUAUCCCGGCCAGGUUCAGCACCGAUUAGGGCGCCUCAAGCCGCAGCCCAUCCUCCGCAGCACGCCUACCCACACCAACACCCGCACCAACACCCUCACCACCACCAGCACCAAGAUCUGAUUCAGCGGAUAAGGCAGCUCCAACAGCGAGAAGAAGCCUUACGCGAGGCUUGGGUCCAACAACGGCAGGCCGAACGGCAGCACGAACAACACCAACAACAACAACGGCAGCAGCACAAUGCGGCUCCGGUCUCGAUCACGGUCGACGAAUAUAUUAUCACGCCUGUCGCGGCUCCCCCCCCUACUGGAGGAUCCGGGCCAACCCCAGAUCCCGUCGGUCCCCGGCCGCUCUCAGCGGCUGAAGUUCGCAACAUAAUCCACGGAGCUGACGCGGCACGGGCCGCUCAAACCAUGACCAGCGCCAUGCAACGAAACGCCGCCGGCGGGCCACCAGCCAACAUGGCGGCAGAGCUCGCCCACUUCAACUUCAACACGCCCAUCCAGCCCAUCCAGCCGGGCGUUACAACUCCAGUUGUCCCAGGGCUAUCAAGGAACACGAGUCGAGUGCCUACCCCCGACAGCUUAGGGCGGUCUGUCAGCCAUGGGAGCGGCGUUGAGUCCAGCAACCCGCAGUCUCAAGCCCAGCCCCAACGCCACCCCGAGGUGUACAUCCUUUCGUCGCCUACCGGUCCCCGUGGACUGCUGAUCAACAGCACGUCAGAAAUAUACGCCAGUCCCGGGGCGCACCCUUUGACAUGGAUGCCCAACCCUUACCGGGCCUGGACGUCGUCAUCCGUGCUACCUGGAACCCAUCGCCCUGAUGUUCAACUCCCUCACGGAUUCGGACAUGGCCAGGUGACCAUUACCGGUCCCGGCCAGCCACCAGUGCAUAUCCCAUUUCCCCCCACACACACCCACCAACCGCCCGUCUUUCAGGUCCCGCAACAGCCGGCCCCUCAACCACAUAAUGAGCAGCCGACCGGCAUUCGCCGCCGACCAGUUGCAGGCCCCGCAACGCCUCCAGUUCCUGCAGCUCCUGCAGCUCCUGCGGCCCCUGCGGCGGCGCAAGCGGCACCUCGAAUGAACCAUCCCGGCAAUCCGGGAGCCGGCGCACUUGUAGCAGCAGUCUGGCCGCAUGUCUGGCUGAUCAUCCGCCUGGUUGCCUUCACCUGGUGGUUCUCGUAUACCAAUCCGUCCUGGGAGCGUUGGCUGUCCCUGGCAUUUGCUGCCUUCAUCGUAUUUGCCAUCAACACUGGGAUUUUCAAUGGAAUGGUUAACCAAGCAUUCCAUCCCGUGAGGGAGCAGCUGGAGGGAAUGAUCCCCUUUGAAGAUCCGGACCUCCAGCAGCAGCAGCAGCCGCAGGCACAAGAUCCGCACCGGAAUCAAGGAGGAAUCCUUAAUCAAACCGGGUCUGACGGAGCGGGCCCGGACCCCGCGCAGGCAGCAGCAAGGCUGGUCGCGCAGAGGCGACUGCGAAACGGCCACUGGCUUAGGAACCAAGUGAGGCGCAUCGAGAGGGCCAGUAUUCUCUUCCUGGCGAGUUUUGCUCCUGGCGUGGCCGAGAGACACAUUCAGCAGCUGGAGGAACGCGAGAGAGCAGAAAGGAGGGCUGCGGAGGAGGCGAGGGCGGCGGCGGCGGCGGCUGCUGCUCAACAAGAAACCGAGGCAGAGGCCGCGCAGUCGACGGAGAGCCCGGCGACUCAAGAGGGACAGAGGAGCGAGGUGCCGGAUCGGGCUCGCGAGCAGCAGCAGGCUGAGCCCCAGCCUCCUUUGGUCGAGGUAUAGGGUUACUUUCCGAUCUAGCCAGGCG